UUGCCGAGCCAAGAUGAAUCGCUUGAUUCUGGUUGUGUGUUGUGUUCUGGUGCCGGUCUGUAAUGUGGCCAGGGCUGAGACAUUUUUCAGCGCCAGCAUUAACACCAACAUAACGACUUCGAUAGUGAAAAUUAACGCAACAAUUGCCAGCUACAAUAGCAGCGGACUUGCAGCUAUAGCCUCAACCCUGCCUCUGUUGAACUCCACCUUGGCAUCUUUCAAUCAAACUUUAUUCCCUCUUUUAACGAAAUAUGCAUCUGCCGGUGUAAGUACAAACUAUAUUAGCAGCGCACUGAGCCAACUGAGUUCCGCACUAACCACCUACGCCAACUCGUGGAACAACAGUUUGAUCCAAGGAAUGAGUGAUCUUCAGGGCUAUGUGCUCUACAAAGCAGGCCAGAUUAGGACCACACUUCUCGCCACCGCCGAAUCCAUAGCAACCAAGUCUGCUACGAUCGGAAAUAUUGCGUUGAAUGGCAAUAAAUGUUACCAGAAAUACGGAGCUAUGCUCAUCACUUCAAAGGUUUCGGCAGACAGGCUGAACACUUGUGUGGCCAACGAAAUUCCAAAAACCGCAGUUCUGGCUACCAAUGCCACUACGCUCAUCAACUUUGCCAAAAAUCUGGCCCCGAUGAUCCUAAACAUGGUCACCAGCAUCUGCUCUCCGUCUAUCAAGAGCAGCACCUGUGUUAGUGCGUUCUUCGGCGCUGAUCUCGGUAUGCUCACAAGUUCGCUACCACAGCAGGCGUACGCCAUGGUCUAUCAGCUUAUCAACGUCAUCGCAUUCCGCACGACACGCUGUCUGGAUCUGGUGUACGGCGACGUUCAAGCCCUGGCCGCCCAGUACGACUCGCAGAUGACCACCUGCAUGACCACUGGCGUUUAAGCGUCUAGGGCGAUUGUCACACAUUCUUAGCGAAAUAAACGAUGAGGUUUUGCAAUAAAAUUCAGUUUCAUCAAGA